UAUCUCUCACCAAAAUUGCAUUAUUUGAAUUGGCUACUACUGUGUAUUGUAAGUGGUAACGAAUAUGACUUCUGUCAAAAUUCUGUGAAGAUCUACAAUGAAUGUUGUUUACCCAGCAGGUGGAUAUGACGUCACGGAUUUGGAACAUCAGAAAAUAACAUCCAAAUUCGCGAUAAUUUUUUCUUUCCAUGCGAAUUAAAAUGUAAUAACAUUAGAAAGAGCUCGCUCUCUUAUUCGAGACAGAACGUGGCGUGAAGUCUAGAUUAUUUUAACGGUAACAGCGCUCUCCGUGAAUGCAGCAGAGAUGUAUCCUCGCAGUUAAAGUUAGUCCCCCAAGCGGAGUAAUGUUGGUAGUAUUUACAGUGUGAAUAUUGCAUGCUUACUUGGUAUACAAGAUCGAGUGUACAUUUCAUUAUCUCUAGCACAGAAUUGUCUACUGCGUGCACCUACCAUUGUCGAUUGGUGUAAUCUGUGAACUCCUGAUGGUCCCGCCUCUGAAGACCCUGAGCUGAAUUUUCAUUGGAAGAAUGGAACGCCAGUCUUUCCUACACAAGUGAACACGUGGGUGCUCUGAUUGGCUGAAUACUUUCUGCACUGUUGUCUGGCUGGCUGCCAGCGCCUGCCUUGCCCCUGAUCAGAAGUGAACGUGACAUUUGUGCGGAGCCUGGAGACUCCAGUGGUGACCCCCUGUGGAGACAGAGAUCAAAGGCAAGGAGGCUGAAGUCACUACGCUGGAACUGAAGAUUGCUUUAAACGAGCAAGUCAUUGUAGAAGGUUUUUAAGUCAUGAUGCAAGAAUCUGGGAUCGAGGCGACAAGCAAUGGUCCAGCCAGUCAGAACAGAGCAGCGAGCGUGGAGGACGGGUCCAGGGACGCGAGGCCCAAGAGCGCCACGUCAGUGGACGUCAUGGCAGCUGACCUGAUCCAUCUCCAGCAGCAGCAGGCUCUUCAAGUGGCUAGGCAGAUCCUUCUACAGCAACAACAGCAACAACAACAACAACAACAACAACUGCAGCUUCAGCAAGGCACCGAUCUAAAAUCCCCCAAAGACAAUGAGAAUCAGCCAAGCCUACAGGUUCCAGUGUCAGUGGCUAUGAUGACACCCCAGGUAAUAACGCCUCAGCAGAUGCAGCAGAUCCUCCAGCAGCAGGUCCUGAGCCCUCAGCAGCUCCAGGUGCUCCUGCAGCAGCAACAGGCCCUCAUGUUACAACAGCAGCAACUCCAAGAGUUCUACAAGAAGCAGCAGGAACAGCUCCACCUCCAGCUCCUCCAGCAGCAACAUGCAGGCAAGCAGAGUAAAGAGCAGCAGCAGCAGGCCCAGCAGUUGGCCUUCCAGCAGCAGCUCAUGCAGGUCCAACAGCUCCAGCAGCAGCACCUGCUCAACCUCCAGAGACAAGGCCUGCUCACCAUCCAGCCUGGACAGACCGCCCUGCCCCUGCACUCGCUCACUCAGGGCAUAAAUCCAGCAGAGCUUCAGCAGCUGUGGAAGGAGGUGACGAACUUGAAGGAAGAGAACAGCAACAACAGCAACGGCCGCCGCGGCCUGGACCUGUCCUCGCCACAACUCCCCAAGAAGCCCCUCCUCAACCAACACGCCUCCACCAAUGGACAGUACAUGAGCCAUUCUCUGAAGAGAGAAGGAUCCACGCUAGAUGACUACCAACACUCUCACCACAGUCACCCGCUUUAUGGGCACGGGGUUUGCAAGUGGCCUGGAUGCGAGGCGGUGUUUGAGGACUUCCAGUCAUUCCUGAAGCAUCUCAACAAUGAGCACGCCCUGGACGACAGGAGCACAGCCCAGUGUCGGGUACAAAUGCAGGUUGUACAGCAGCUGGAACUGCAGCUAGCGAAAGACAAAGAGCGUCUGCAAGCCAUGAUGACGCAUCUCCACGUCAAAUCCACAGAGCCCAAACCCACCCCACAGCCACUCAACCUGGUGUCCAGCGUCACCCUGUCCAAGACAGCCCCCCAUGAGGCCUCACCCCCCCUGAGCCUGCCCCAGACCCCCACCACCCCCACGGCCCCCCUGACGCCCCUGUCCCAGGCCCACUCCGUCAUCACCCCCAACAGCAUCCACCACAGUGUGGGCCCCAUGCGCCGACGUUACUCUGAUAAGUACAACAUGCCAAUCUCCCCAGAUAUUGUCCAGAACAAAGAGUUCUACAUGAAUGCUGAAGUCAGACCUCCCUUCACGUAUGCCUCGUUAAUACGCCAGGGUAUCCUUGAAUCCCCGGAAAAGCAGCUAACACUAAAUGAAAUUUACAACUGGUUCACACGAAUGUUUGCAUAUUUCAGGCGCAAUGCCGCAACAUGGAAGAAUGCAGUCCGGCAUAAUCUUAGUCUUCACAAAUGUUUUGUGCGAGUAGAAAACGUUAAAGGGGCUGUGUGGACAGUGGAUGAACUAGAGUUCCAAAAGAGAAGGCCACAAAAGAUCACUGGAAGUCCAGCCUUAGUGAAGAACAUCCAGACCAGCUUGGGCUAUGGUCCGGCUCUCUCUGCAGCCUUCCAGGCUUCAAUGGCAGAAAACAAUAUACCUCUAUACACUACUGCUUCCAUUGGAAGUCCUACCCUCAACUCGCUGGCGAAUGCCAUCCGAGAGGAGAUGAUUGGAGCGAUGGACCAUGGAAACAGCAACGGCAGUGACAGCAGCCCAGGACGGUCUCCCUUGCCAGCUAUGCAUCACAUUAAAGAGGAACCGCUGGACCCGGAGGACCACGAAGGCCCCCUCUCCCUGGUGACGACGGCCAACCACAGUCCAGAUUUCGAUCACCACAGAGAUUACGAUGACGACCAGGGCCACGAUGACAUGCUGUAAGGUCGGGCCCCCAGGGGCCCCUCCCAGAGGCAGAACUAACCUUAGUCAUCUGUGAGACGCCACAACGUCACAGAUAAUACAGAUACAAGACUGCAGUCUCAGUCCUCUGAUGACAGCUAUCAAAUGUUUCCAAUUGACUUUUAGUGCCAUUAAAUACAUAGUGAAAAACACAAGAAAGAGAAUACGUCCCACUUGGGAGUAUUUUUGAUUUAUAUCUACUUUUUGGUUUAAGUGAACGAAAAAAAGAAAAAAGUAAUUUCUACUCUACAUGCGUUGGAUGGACAUGUUUGGUACUGGGGAUGACUUCUUGGUCAGCAUGCUGGCUUCAAAUCCAGGAUGGACUUGGACUUGCACUGUGCAGCCAGUAUGAACUUGGACCUGCACUGUGCAGCCAGUAUGGAUUGCAUACAGCCCACUCAACCACACUGAGCAUGGACUGCAGAGGGGUUCUCUCUCUCACACACACACAAA